AUGGCUCCCCACCUCUCCGUCCGCCUCAUCGCACGCGACGGCUCCGGUGGUUCUGGCCUCAGCAGCAUCAUUGUUGCAGGCAUUAUCAUCGCGGGAGCCAUCGGCUUCGGCUGCGCCGUCUGGCUCGGUGUCCGCUGGUACAGGAAACGCGCCGCUGAAAAGCGCGCCGAACGCCGCGGGUCCGCCUUCGACCACUUCCAGGAGUCUGACGAUGCUUCCGAGAAGUCUAGUGCUAAGACCACCGGCUUCUCCAGACAUGCAAUCAACUCUCAAAUCAUCAUGCCCGAACGCGCUGUCCUCCGUCCUGGCGCGACUCGUGACGAAAUCAUUGAACACUACACUGCCGAGGGCAAGCUCCCUCGUCCCUUCUCCCGCAUGAUGAUGCCCCCAGCCAACGUCGAGUCCGACGAGCUCGCGCCCCCUCCCUCGUUCGGCGAGCGGACUCCGAACGGCCGCCCUUCCUCCACCUCCUCCUGGCUUCCCCCCGCUUUCCCCCUCGCCGGCGGUUCGAAACGCUCAUCAGCUAUGUCCAUGGCGUCCUCGCUUGGUAGCAACGGCGUGCCGCAGAAGAAGGUCCGCCAGGUGUUCGACCCCGUGCUCCCCGACGAGCUCGUGCUCUCCCUCGGGGACACCCUCACCGUUGUGCAACAGUACGACGAUGGGUGGUGCAUCGUCGGCCGCGACAGCACCUUCAACCCCGGUGAGGCCGAGCUCGGUGCGAUCCCCGCAUGGUGCUUCCUUAAGCCCGUCAAGGGCCUCCGUGCCGAACGCCCCAUGCGUGUCUCAAGUCUGGGCGUCACCAUCAACCUCGACCAGGGUGGCGGGCCUUCGUUUGGGCCGCGCGACAACGUUAUGUCCUGGUCCAACUUCUGA